AUGAGUCAACCAAUUCCCACAUCAUACGCACCGGUUGCAGAAGGGAAUCCCAAGGCUCCCGCGAUCCAGCUACCCGAUGGCACCGUUCAGACGUCGGCGCUUCUAGUCCCGAAUAAUCAAUCCGCUCACUAUCGCAGCGGUCACGUCAACUUGGACACUUUCUCGCCUGUCAAUGAAAAUGGAAGCUUUGAAUUCGAUCGGGUCCUGAAGACUGGGAAGGUGUUUCGUCGCGUGAAGCACAAACAUGCAUUUAGGGCCUCCUGGAAACCUGCGUAUCUCGUUUUACGUCCCAACCUUUUGUCGGUAUACAAGGAUGAGGAGGCUACAAGGCUCCGAGCCUCUAUCACAUUGUCUGAGGUCACGGCAGUUGCGUCGGUCAGGUCGCCCCGAUCCAACCGACAGUACGUAUUUGGCGUUUUCUCUCCUUCAAAGAAUUAUCGUUUCCAGUCGUCUUCAGAAAAAGAUGCCGAAGACUGGAUUAGACAUAUCCGAUCAGAAACCCGCAUGGAUGAAGACGAAGAGGCCUUCCUCGCCUUAUCAAAGAAUAGCGACACCGCCGGGAACAACAAGCGCCGCAUCUAUGACACCACUGAUCACUCCGAUUUUGAUCAGCGCGGAAGACCAAGCUCGCCGGAAGUCGGGGAUUCAUUGUCACCUACUUACCAUUCGAGGCGUUUUGCCUCGCCUCAUGAUCACUCGGGCAAUGACAUCACGUCAUAUUCGGAAUGGUCCGAUGGGCCUGGGAGCAACAACGGCGUUCGCAUGACUUCGCCUUCCAUUCAGAACCAACCUGCAUCAGUUCACAGCGACGGGCAUUCCUCAAUACCGCGCAACGAGUCCGCAGUCCUACGUGACCCGGAGAGAGUUGUAUGCAAUGGGUAUCUUCAGUGCCUCAAAAUCAAGGGAUCUAUGCGCCAAUGGAAGCGACUGUGGGUUGUGCUGCGCCCGAAAAGCCUUGGUUUCUACAAAGAUGAACAGCAUCCCAUUCUAUCUAUACCCUUUGGGCAAGCUUGCAUGACUGACCAUCCGAUCCUCAAGGAAUACUCUGCCGUCAAAGUCAUUCCCAUGGCACAGGUGAUUGACGCUGCUGAAGUCGAUCCUAUGUCACGUUCAAAACAUUUCUGUCUCCAAAUCAUCGCAGAAGAGAAGUCGUAUCGACUAUGUGCGCCUGAUGAAGAAUCUCUUGCAAAGUGGCUAGGUGCUUUGAAGAGUAUUCUCGUCGCCCGCAAGAAACUGGAGCCUGCGCCCGGAGCAGCAGGCCUCCGUUAA